AGUUUAAGGGAGCGUCGUCAGAGAGAGAGAGAGAAAGCAACAGCAGCAACCAAAAAAAAAUACUCUCUCUCUACUCUCUGCGCUUUAAUUUGAACUUGUCGAGAGAGAGAGAAGAGAAACAAAAAGGGUUAUUAGAUAGAGAGAUAGCAGAGAGAGAGGUAGAGCGAGAGCGAGCAAAGCUUCGGCUAGGGGAUUGUGGUUUAGACGAGAUCCGAUUUAAAGGAUCCAUUUGGAGCUCCGAUUCGAGCUAAAAGGUCAUGAACGGGAGACAGAGAUCUGGCGCAGCGGCGGUUCAUCACCAGAGGCAGCUCUCCGAUAACCCUCUCGACAUGUCUUCCUCCAAUGGCAGAUGGCUUCAAUCCACUGGUCUUCAGCAUUUUCAGUCAUCCGCCAAUGAUUACGGAUACUAUGCUGGUGGGCAAGGAGGUGGGCAAGCAACAAGAGGAUACCAGAAUGCUCAGAGAGGGUUUAAUGGAGGAAACGACUUUUUUGGGGAACCCACUACUCCUCAAUACGGUGCUCGUCCCACCAACCAGAGGAAGAACAAUGAUGAAUCUGAGUUUAGUCCUGGGCUCUUAGAUCUGCAUUCUUUUGAUACUGAGCUUCUUCCUGAGGUAGGUGUAUUAGAUAGAGUUGCUUUUUUUAACUUUUUAGUGCCUUUAAAUGUCGCUGCAUUUAGGUGGACAUCUAUAAUAUUGAUUGCUUGCUGGAAGAGUGGACUCUUUACACUGCACUUUUAGGUUAUUGGACUAUUU